UGCGUACUACUCCCAACACAAUGACUGCGGAGCUCCAUGCUUUGCACUGGAGGCAUGCGGUGUCUGUAAACAUGUUUCACCGCGCCAUGUUCCUGAGUAUUCGGAGUUGCUGACAAAAGCAUGGUGAUGACAGCAGCACGGCUUUCACGCAACGCGCUUGCGCCAUGUCCGUCGCUGUAUGUCAAAGGCACAACCUUACCCGCUGCAUGCGUGCACACUCUGCGGACAUUCGAGCUCUCACAAUCGAGAAGGUUCCAUCAUCUGCAGUCCACUGCACCGUGUUGGCAAGGCCGAGGAUCCUCUGCUGACCCUGGACACUGCUUAUCCGGUAGUCGAGCUUGUCUGUGUAGCAGGCGAGAUACCGGGUGGAAAUUUGUUGGAAAAUUUUGUUUUUUCCACUGGAGCAGCAAGCUGAGGAUUUGCCCGCAAAAAAGCACCCAUGUCUUGUACCAGCAUUUGUCAGAGUGGGCAAUGGUCCGAAGGCGGCCUCUCCUUUGCAGCUCCGCUGCCUGCUGCACUGUCUGCUGCUGCUGCGGAUAUCAGCAGCGUGUCGCAGCCUGGUUGUCGCUAUGGUGAUAUCAUAGCGUGGGGCACACGCCCGCGCCUCGUCCAAUCCCGCUG